AUGGACUUUGCUCAAGAUCAUGGCUCGCUCAGCAUCUCUGUGGAGUUUCUCCAGUCAGCAUUGGACACGGCGAUGCUUACUUGGAGGGAAGAUCUAGAGGACGCACUACCUCCCUUUAUCUGGGAAACUGUCGCGCGUGAAAGGAGCAAAAGUGAGAUUUCUGACGAGGGGGACAGGAGAGACAAGCUUGGAACAGUGUCAGUUAAUGCUAUAGCGACGACCGACUCCUAUGAGCGAUUCUUUCCUAAUGAACCCCUUGGUGUCGGCAAACUUCGUGAUUACCUUGAUUCAUUUCCAUCUGAAAGUUCACAUUCUUUCAACCUUCUUAUAUCCAGUGAAACAGAACGGGAAAUCAUGGGAUUGUGGACGAGCACUCAGUAUUCCAACCUAAUUCUACCUUUUGGGAAGGGUAUUACAGAUCAGUACACUGGAAAGCGAGUUCUUUUGCGGCAAAUGAGCACAACUAAGAUCCGUAACGACCUGUAUUUUUUGCUACAAUGGCGACUCUUCUCGGAUAUGCAAAUUGUUGUACCCGCGUCUCACAGUCGUGAUGUCGAUGACGAAGGUCGAGUUGUGUGCGUUUUUCCAUGCCAUAAGUCGAUUCUUGCGGCACGGUCGCCUUACUUUCGCGACAUUCUUCUAUCGCGUCUUGAAAAACGUGAAUCUGCUCAUCAACGACCGCAGAAGUUGUUCAUUGUUCCUCUGCCUUCACCUCCGUUCAAUCCGGUGACUGUGGACUUCACGUUACGUUUCAUAUACACGGGCCUCCUACAAUUUCCACUCACUCAGUUUACCGCUGACUAUUCCACGACGGUUUCCCUCUACCGUGCAUCGCAAUAUCUUCGAAUUCCAACAUUGCAAUCUGCAAUAGUGUCAUACACCAUAGCUGACAUGCUGCAUGGGUGCUUCUCUGCCCCUAUGUCUGCAUCCUCAUACGCUCGGUUGAUCGAUGGAAAGUGGAAGCAGAUGGUCGCGUUGGGGGGUUGUUCAUGCCGCCAUUGCGCUCGUAGAGCUCCGCGAAUUUUGGCAUUCGCUAUGGAGCCGGAUAUCCAAGAUCUAAUACUGGAACGGGGAACGCGUAGAGCCCUGGUGGGUAUGUUCGGUCCUCAAUGGUGCACACAAGAGCUUGGAUCCAUGCCGGCGGCUGUUCACUCUGCUUUACUAGAAUCAUUAAAUGAAAUGAUUACCCCACGCAACGCACUGGCCCUUCUUUUUGCUGCGGAAACAGCGCUUUUACAACUCGAUGAAUCAGCGUAUUGGCACAAAUCAGUAAGAAUGCUGAUUUUAUCCUGUCGUGAACAACUAGAUCACGUCAUUUGUCAACAAUCAAGACCGUCUUUCUACUGUGAUGAGUGGACAAACCUUAUCACGAACCCAAUGCUCCAUGCACAAGGAGUGACACACACUACAGUGGAAGACGAACGGAGGGCGACCUGGAUUUUGGAUUCGUUGGCCAGAGGCGUUACCCCGCAGAAUGCGAGCACGAUAUACCAGACUUUAACGUGGUUUACUGAGGCUCAAGUCCCUCUUGAGAACCAAAACGAGCGCGUUGUAGAGAUGAUGGCGCCGUUCAAGCAACAUCUGGUACAAAUGGCAGUUCAGACGCAUAGAUUGUCGGUUAUUUCAUCUGCUUCCUCCAUCCUUGAGCCAAUAGACCCAGCCCAUCGGUCCCUCGUUGCACUAGAUCUAUCUGACGCCUCCGUAUAUUCAUACCCUUCUUCACGCACCAUGUCUACAGAAUACGGGAUAUAUUAUACGAGAUUAGCUAUUUCGCAGGAAACUGUCGAGAGGGCGGUCGCAUUUCGUAGGCGGCGUAGCUGGGAUACCAUAUCCACAUAUACCGAACUUCAGGAAGAAUAA